UAAACGUCACAUUCCUGCAUUCCCCUUUCCUCUCGGUCUGCUGCCUACGUUGGAGUCGUAACUCCACAGCUAAUCAUCCCCUUCACACUUGCUCCCCCCUUUAAAAAAAAAAAAAAAUAGGAACACACACAUGAGGCGACCGGUGUGAGAUCAGGAGGUGAGCCCGGGUUCCUCCCCAGGAAACACAUCCUCAAUUCGGGUCACUGUCCUCCCCUCCGUCUCCGCCUCCUCCUCCCCACCUCUCAUUCACCUCCACUCUCGUUGCCAUGGAGAGCUCAUCAGUGGCAUCAGCGUCGUCCGAGGCGGGGAGCACUCGCUCGCAGGAGAUCGAGGAGCUGGAGCGCUUCAUCGACAGCUACGUAUUGGAGUACCAGGUGCAGGGCCUUCUGGGAGACAAGGCGGAUGGAGACUUGAAUCAGGACGACGAAGGGAAGGGGCCACAGUGGACGGACGACGGCAACUACAGCAAAGAUGACAGCUGGACUUCAUCCCAGGGGAGAGAUUUCUCCAAACCAGUAAUUGAUGAGUGGGAUAACAGCAGUAACGGCAGCACGGGCUCCAGGCCCAGUUCUGGAUCCAGACCUGGUUCUGGCUCCCGAUCUGGCAGCAGGGGGCAGAACAACCAGUUCAAAUGCUCCUCUAAGAAUGGCAACAGAGAUGGUUCCUUUGACAUCCUGGGCACAGACAUAUGGGCUGCUAACACCAUAGACUCACUCGGAGGUAUAGGUUGGGAUGUGCAGCCAGAUAAGCUGGACUUCAGCCACUUCCCUAGAAAACACCUGAGAGGCGCACCAAAGCAUCUGCCACACAUUGACAGAGAAGGGAUGAGCAAAAACAAGUUUGAAGAAGAUGAUGGCAUAGACAUGAACGACAUAGAGAGGUUCCUGCCCCACCUGUGCUCUGUCUUCCCACCCCUUCCUAAUGAGGCUGAGAUCGCGCACACCAAAAAGCUCUUCCGACGCAAGAGGAAUGACCGACGAGCAGUAGAUCACCGCGACCAGUUAAUCGUACUUCUGCCCUCUGGCCCCAAAGGGAAGCGGCAAGUCUACACAAGGAGACAACAGCGACCUCAAGGAGGGAAGAACCAGAGCCCACACCUGUCUCCGCAACAUCAACGAGAUCAAACCCAACAGCAGUCACCGAACCCAACAGAAGCAGGAGACAAUAGAAACAAUGGCUCUGUGCGUUCUCCUCGCCAGUAUCAAGGAGGACACGGGCAACGUCAAGGAGGAACCUCGCACGGAUACAGCCAGAACAGACGUUGGCACUCCAAUCAGAAAGGCCACGGACAGCAAAACGUGUCAAUUUCUGAUAAAGGAGUACCACCGAGAGCAACCAAAGACACGACAGAGAAUGUAAAAGUGGGUAACAAGCAGAUCCGACAGAUGGAGGAGCUUCGAGACUGCAAGAGUCCCCGUGACUCACCCAGAUCUGAGUCAGCGCUUGACACAAACGCUUCCUCAGAUCUGACAGGCAAAAAUUCUCCCAGCCCAUGGGGGACCAGUACGUCAAGCAAGGGGCAGUCCAUAGAGCCCCGGAUCAGCUUGCUUCAGUCGUCAAAGGAGAGGCUGAGGAGGAGACUGAAGGACAAGGAGGAGGCGCUCACAGAAGCAUCCGGCUCACAGAGCAUGGACCGCCUGGUCAAGCUACUCAACAGCAUGAGGAGGAACAGCAGUGGCGUGGAGGAGCAGCUGGCCUCCUUCAUGGAGGAGGCGCAGAACUCGGCACAGUCGGAGGAGACCUUGUCUCAAGUGGUCAGCGCCAUCUACAGCAAGGCCGUCUCGGACCGGAGCUUCGCCACCACUGCCGCGAAGCUUUGCGACAAGAUGGCGCUGUUCAUGGUGGAGGGCACCAAGUUUAGGUCGCUGCUUCUCAACAUGUUCCAGAGGGACUUUGCCCGCCGCGAGGAGAUCCAGAAGUCGGACGUGGAGAUGUGGUUGGGUUUCAUCACUUUCCUGUGUGAGGUGUUUGGAACAAUGAUGAGCAGUUCCGGGCAGCCAUUCCGGGUACUCGUCUGUCCCAUCUAUACCUGCCUACGAGAGCUGUUGCAGUCCAAAGACGUCAAGGAGGACGCCGUGCUGUGUUGCUCCAUGGAGCUGCAGAGCGCAGGGCGCCUCCUGGAGGAGCAGCUCCCUGAAAUGAUGACGGAGCUCCUGGCGGCUGUGCGGGACAAGAUGCUGUGCCCGACCGAGUCGCCGCUGACCCGCUCUCUCCUCAUGGAGGUGGUGGAGCUGCACGCGCACCGCUGGAGCCCCCUCGAGGCGCUCACCACGCAGUACUACGACCGAACCAUCAAAAAGCUCACCACCACGGCCUAGCGCUUCUAAACAGACCCAAACUUAUGAAUUUGAACUGUGCAAUCCCAGUCGGUGAAGAUAUAGGAGGCUGAGAGUGAUGAUGCUUGGCCACUAGUGGGCAGUGUAGCCCACUUGGGCGGUGUGAUAAAAGCGAGGGCUGGUGGUGGUGGGGGAAGAUGGCAGCAGCCUGUCUGUUGGGAAUAGAGAGAUUUUAUAGAGGAGGAGGGUCAGGGUGUCCGUGUCGGUCUCUUCAUUGUGUUCAUUUGUGUCCCCCCCCCCCCCAACCCCCCACCCGACCCCACUCUGCGCGCCUCCAUGCCUCCUGCAGCCCUCGUGGCUGAUAAAAGAGAGAAAAAAUAGGGGGAGGCAGGGAGCAGACGCGAUGCUGUCUGUAUGUCUGGGCCGUCUGCCCUCCCUUCCACAUGGACCUGGGUCACGAGGUCUCGCCGCGGGACUCCCACACGGCUCCUCCCCCUGCCUUUGUCUCCCCCCCUCCUUUAGCAGGAAGCCUUUUUGUGCGGAUGAGACAGCGGGCCUGCUGGGCCAGGCUGGGCUCAGGAUAAGGAUCAGGCUGGCUAGAGUAGGGUGGCAGAUGGCGGCUUGAGCCCUUGUGACACACACACACACACACACACACACACACUACAUCCAGGCGUUCUGCUCCCCAUAGCAAAAGAGGAAAUUGGGGGUCGGAAGCAUUAGAGAAUUAAAAAAACACACACUGCUGUUAAUUCUUUUUGUUUUUGUUUCCCAAGCCGAGCAUCUCCCCUCAAGUGUAACACCACCCUUUAAUUUUUUUUUGUAUUUAUAUAGUGUAUUUGACUAUUUCAUUCUUACCAAGGACUAUGGGGGCCACGCUGAAAAGACAAAAUUGUCAAAUUCCGGGGAGGAAAGUCAUAGAGUGACGAGAAUAACGUCGUAGUCUUACGGGAAGAAAAUUAUAAUAUACCAUAAAUAAAAUGAAUAGGCAAAGUUGUCUUUCGUAAUAAUUUUAAUCUUACCAGAAUAAAGUGAUCUUCGAGUAAGUAGUAGUGUCGUGAGAACAAAGAUUACAGUCAUAAUGUAAUACUUCGAUAAAAGAUUUAUAAUAAAAUGCACCUGGGGAUAGGCUGAUUGGCAACACUAAAUGGUCCCUAGUGUGUGAAUAUGAGUGAGAAUGUUGUCCGUCUAUCGGUCUGUCUAUCUGUGUUGGCCCUGCGAUAAGGUGGCGACUUGUCCAGGGUGUACACCGCCUUCCACCCAAAUGCAGCUGAGAUAGGCUGCAGCACCCCCCGCGACCCUGCAAGGGACAAGCGGUAGGAAAUGGAUGGAUGGAUGGUCUAACCUACUAUUACAGUCUUUCUUUAAAGACAGUAGUUGUGUUAUGAAAACAAAGAAUGCAGUCGUAAUGUUGCGCUAAUAAUCUAAUACUCCGUUAAAUAUUCAGAGUAUUACGAACUAAUGUAUUAUAAGAGAAAAAGUCACAAUUUUAUAAAAAUAAGAUAAGACUGCUAUAAAAAUGUGUAAUAUUGUAGACUAACAUAUUACAAAAAAAUGCAUGGUACAUGAAUAAUGUAAUACUGCAAUAAAAUAUUUUUAAUAUUGUGGACUAAUGUACAAUUACAAGAAAAGAGUUGUAAUAUUACCAGAAAAUAGUUGUGUUAUAGGAACUACGAAUACAGUCGUAAUGUUAAGCGAAUAAUGUAAUACUGCGAUAAAACGGUUGUGAUAUUAUAUACAAAUGUACUUUUACCAGAAACACUGCGUAAUGGUUCACAAAUAAUGUGUGAUAAAAGAUUGGUAUUAUUAUGGACUAAUGUACUACAAUGAGAAAUAUGUUGUCAUGUUACAAAAGCAAAGUUGUAACGUUACGCGAGUAAAGAUGUAAUUUACGAAAAAGUCAUACUUUUUAUACUUUACAUAUUACACGAAAAAGUGGAAAUGUUACUUAAAUUAGAUCGUAAUAUAACACGGAAAAGUGGCAAUAUUGAGAAUACAGUCAUGUGAAUUAAAGACGUCAUUUACUGUAUUUUCCGGACCAUAGGGCGCACCGGAUUAUAAGGCGCACUGGCAAUGAGCGGGUGUAGUCAGGUCUAUUUUCAUACACAAGGCGCACAAGAUCAUUAGACGCAUUAAAGGCAUUAUAUUAUGAUUAUUUUCUAAAUUUAAAACACUUCCUUGUGGUCUACAUAACAUGUAAUGGUGGUUCUUUGGUCAAAAUGUUGCGUAGAUGAUGUUUUACAGACCAUCUUCAAGUCGCUUUCUGACAGUCGCUUUAGCAUGCGCCGUUUUGUGGGUGGUCUUAUUUACGUGGCUCACCUUUGACAGCAUCUUCUCCCCGACAUCUUUGUUGUAGUGGUAUAGCGUGCAAGGACGGGAGUCGAAAAAGAGUCGAGAGGAAACAGGAACUAACUGUUUAAAUGACAUUCAAUAACGGAGCAGCAUCUCCUCAUCCAUGGCUCACUAGUGCAACAACAACGCCGGAAACGUGUCCCGUUAAAAACCGUCCGACCUGAAGUGUCGGAACCGGAAGUGACUAAAUUUCUGUGGGUGAUUAAUGUAAACCCACUACACUGGUAGUUUUUAGCGCUUCCAUAGAGAGUCUACUGACAGAUAUAAGUUAGAACUUUACACUACUUUAUAUUGGAAAUGUCAACAGUUGAGGAUAAACGCCUCAUAACAAGAAGUUAUAGAAAAAGAAGCUUACUUACUACAAAGGUGGACGCGCAAAUUUUCGGGACUUAUGCAGCUCCCACAUACAGAUCAGCAGGUACCAGAAAAUUUGAAAAGUUGGUUUUGCUUAAUAUUGCAAAACAAAAAGCCAGAUAAUGUCUGCUAAUGUGUACCAUUGUGCGGUCAUUAUACCCACACCAUAAUAAUACUUGUAUGUCUGACAAUAGUAGCCGUUAUGCACCAACAAUCCAUCAAGUGGUGCAGCUUAAUAGCUUACCAAAGUCGUACUAAAACAUGUUGACAGAUUUUUAAGCGCCGUGUGUAGUGUUCUAUAUUCUCAAUGGAACAUUUAAAGUUUUAGUGUUGUUUACUAGCGUCAUAUUGCAGUCUACAUGUAUCUCUUAUGUGCUACUAUCAUCUACUGGUCACACUUAUCAUUUGCAUCAUUACAAAUGAUGCAAAUGAUACCAUUUUUUGGUACAUUACCAUGUACCAAAAAAAAUAAUAUCAAGGUCGGUAAGCACAACAAGAGUCAUUCCAUACAUUAGGCAAACCGGGCUAUAAGGCGCACUGUCAAUUUUUUAGAAAUCUUAAGGAUUUUAAGUGUGACUUAUAGUUUAAAUAAAUGCUGUGAAUAUUAAGGGCAAAUAAAGUCCUGAAAAAAAAGUUUAAUAUGAGAAGAAAGCAAUAUUAUGUGAAUUAAGACGUGAUUUACACAAAAGUUUUGAUUUUAGGAUAAUAAAGCUUUGAAUAUUACGUGGAAAAGUGUUGCACUAACAAAGUUGUAAUAUAACAAUAGAGUCGUAUUGUUAUUUGAAGGUGGCUAUGAUUUGCGACAAAGUUUAAUCAUUUCAUACAACAAAACCUCUACUGUUACAAGGGAGGAAAAGUCGCAAAGUUGUGCAAAUUAAGUUUUAAUAACAAAUAAUAACAUAUUGUAACGUUAUGUGAAUAAUGAUGUCAUAUAAGACAAAACAUUUUACAAUGAAGUUGUAAUAUUUUACAUUUAAGUUGUAGUUAUAAGCGGAAAAGAAAUAUUUUUCCAGAAAUAAGUCACGAUGGAAAUAAAGUCACAUGGUUUCAGAGGAAAAGAAAGUCUGUUAAAUUCUGUAAUCAUUGUAAUGUUCUGAAAGUCAACUUGUGACGUUAGAAGGAAACGUGACGUCAGAUUUUUUUCGGAAUGUCGUAAGAUUUUGUGCAAUUAAAGUGGUUGUAUUAAAGAAAAAUAGUCAGAAGUUUGCAAGAAUUAAGUUGUAACGUUAGCUGUCUAAAAAUGAAAGAUUAGUAAGGAAAAGUCGGAAUCUUUAAUUACAAACGUUUCAGAGAAAAAUGGCGUAAUGCUAACGUUGUAACAUUAUGCCUGUAAUGCCUGAAUGUUUAGGAAAAGUCGUCAUUUUAGGAUUUAAAAUUGUAAUUGCAUGAUACAGUUGUAAUAUUUCAAGGAAAAGUUGCAUGUUUUUGUUACAGAAGCUCAAAUGAUAUGGAAAUGAAGUUGUACAGAUAAGCUAAUUAAGUUAAAAUAUUGCAACAAAAAAGAAAAGAUGGUAAUAUCAUGAGAACAAAUUGCUGUAGCAAUGUUAGGAUAAUUAAAUUAGUCAUUCAAUUUCCAACAAUAAUGAUCGCAUUAGAGGCUACACCCGUAUGAAAUAUUUACUGUGACCUUAUUCUCGAAAUUCAGACUUUUCUCAACUAUGACAAUUUGUUUUCAGCGUUGCCCUGAUAUAAUAUACAUUACUUUGUCAGGCCUUGUUUUUAUGAUUUUCAACAUGUAUGUAUGAGAUCUAUUAUUAUUAGUGCUAGACCAUAUUGCACGUUUUGAGUUGUUUGCACUGUUGUGAGGCAGUUUGCUUUAAACAAACAAAAAAACAAAUCAGUAAAAGGAAAUUGUUCGUAAGCUAAAAGAAAAUAGGAAAAAAUGGGGCGCAGGCAAAUCAAAGGUAGCUGACAUUUACCUGCCCUUUUGCCGUGAAUACUUGGUGUGCGUUCAAUAUUGACACUAGUUGAUCAUUUUUUUGGAGUGUUUCAGGAAAGAAAUGUCAUUUAUUAACCUGUGUAUUUGAAGACGACCUAGCCAAAAAUAUAUAUCUAUCUCUUUAUAUCUAUAUGUACACACAGAGCUAACUAAUGUGCACUGUGAUUGGUCACACAGCAUCUGUGAAUUGGCUCUCUGUGAUCUGUGUUGAGUAUAUUUGCAAGUAUUUAAAUAUCAUUGAAGUGUCGGGAGUCUGCACGCAAGAUGUGAAGGGGUAACAAACAUGAUCCCGUGCAUUUUGAUCAAUAAUUAGCCUGUUGCUUUCAUGAAUAAUCACACACAAACGGUGUCCCAAUUCAGUGGCUACAUGUUACUCAUUUCUCAUAUUUUCACAGAAGUUUGUGCUGCAAUAUUUAAACAUGUUUUAUCUUAUCUUGGGAUUUAAGGAGGCUGUUUGAUAGUAGCGAUGCAUCCAGUAAAAAGCAUCAAAAGUAGGCUGCAUUUGAAGGAAAUUUCAAAUUAGAUGUUUUAUUAUCUGUAAAUAUUUUAUUUUGCCGUCGCAAAAAACGUUUUGAAACUGUUUGAAAUUGUGAUAUUUUGUCAACAACAAUAAAGGGAGAAAAAAGUUUAACUGUUACAGCUAUAUGGAUAUUAUAGGAAAAAAAGAGAACAAGAAUUAGACCCUGUUUACACUAAGCCUGAGAAGGUUAUCCAGGGUAAAUCACACCUAACCUUAUCACACAACAAUGCCACCAUUUAAGAUCCCCUCGCUGCUCCGUCCGCCGGCGCAACGCGACCUAGUACGCAUGCACAUAAAAAUGCGCACGUCAUAGUCACCUCCGGUGUUGCUUUGAGUGAAAGUUCUUCAAUUUAACUAAUCUGAACAAUAUCCAGUUGUGACAGGUCUCCAGCCGUCAUUGUGUGGGUUGCAGUGACAAUCGAUACAGGACGCAUUGUAGCAGGUUUGACUCUGGUUUAAUCUUUCAAUAAACAUAGUUUCUUGCCAGUCGGUCGCGCCAAUUUCCAGCGCGCCGUUUCUUCCUGCUCGUCGCGGCGCACCUUACGGUGGCCGGUGGCUGCGUCGUCCGCGGGGGCUCAUCUCGCUCUGGGUCUUUCUCGUCGCGUUCGUGGUCUUCCUUCUCGGGUGGUUUCUCUCCUACUUCUCCACCAAUUGUUCCUCCUUCUCCCCUUUUAUGCUGCAGAAGAAGAUGUAGGGAUUGAGAGCAGGUGUGUGAACUACGCACCUGACUCUGAUGGCUGCAGUGUCGCUCCAGGUGUGCCCCGCCUCUCUGCUACGCUGCAUUCUCCGCCUCCUGGCCGCCAUCUUGGACAGGACCACCGUUUGUCCGAGCCUGCUGUCGGCUCGUCGGCUCCGUCUCUCCACACCAGUGUUGUGGUAUUUCAAUUACCUGGAAUCCAUUGUGCUGUGGGGCCCUAUUGUAGUGAAUCACACCUGAGACAUCAUAAAUUAAUCAAAUAAUCAAAUUUUUAUUGGACACGUAAAAGUAAACAAUGUGAUAAAGAACAUUUUACAUCCAUCAAACUAGGGAUUUAGAUAUCUAGUCAGGACACUUCUCACUCAUUUGCCUUCACUUUCAUUGCCCAUUCGUUUUUGGUGACUUUAUAUACUCUGGACCUAAACGUUUGGUCAGCGACAUACAUGUCAGAUAAUAACUGAUAUAGUCUGCUUUGCCAGUCCAAAUGUAUUUGCUGCUUUCCGUAGUUUUCCAAAUAAUACGAAGCACACGCUACCUUUUUUACCACAUCCACGGGAGCUCGCAUUCUCGUUGUCUCUCCUUCGAAAAAUGGACAAAGUUUUUUGCUAAGUCGAAUUACAGCUGAUCAGCUGAUUCUCUUGCCGUCUGAGAAGUGUUGUAUCCCAAAUAGCUGCAAUCGCGCAUUUUCUUCUCUUAAGGUAUUCAUUCAUGCGUGAUUUCCACAAGUGUCUGUACAGACGGAAGGAGAAACACGGGCAUGUCUGGAUGACUCUUCUUCAUAUUUCCAGUGGUUCGCUCCGUGUUACAAAACCACUUUAUUAUGUGGCGCGUUCUUUCGGACAUCACUUCCUUUGUGGGGCGCGGUCUUUCUGGCGUUACUUCCUCUCCAAACUCAGUUUGUAAACGAUCAAUGAGUCCAUACAAAGCUACCCACACAGCAAAAGGUAUCGCUCUUUCCGUAACGGAAUCGCGAAACGGACCCGCAUCGGGGUCCACCUGUCCUCAGGAACGGAUCCGCCACGGAGGUAUCGCUCUUUCAGUAACGGACCCGCGAAGUGGACCUGCAUCGGGGUCCACCUGUCCUCAGGAACGGAUCCGCCACGGAGGCGGGUCGCUUGGGACCCGCACAUACCGCACAUACAUCCGCCGCAGACCAGCAACGGACUCAUAAAAACCCUGGCUCAUCUGGCCCGGGUCCAUUUUGGACCCGUUUAUCUUAUUUUCAAAAUCCCUUCUGUUCUUGCUGGAGGAUAAAAUAGGAAACUAACACUAAGGGCCGGAGAUUCAAGAAACACACGGCGCACUUACCCGUGUAAAAAAUUUAACCUUAAACGAUGGUUUAGUCCGGUUGAAACGGGGCUUAGCCUAAAUAAUUAUUCGUUUAAGGGGUUAAAGGUCUUAGUUUUGACAAGGGGGGAAAAAGUCUCGGAAUGUUAUGAUUCAAUAACACGAGGGAAAAAAGCACAGAUUUCUGUGGCUAAAGUUGUAAUGUUACAGAAAGAAGUCUGUAAUGUUAUGUAAAGACAUAGAUAAAAAGGUAAUUUACGAAGAAAAAGUCUUAAUCUUGCAGUGAAUUUGUAAUAUGCGAUUGUCACUUUAAUGCUAUAGGAAUGAAGUCGCAAUGUAAGGCAAGUUAAAAUGGAAAAAGUUGUCAUCUAAAAAGAAUAAUGUUUACUUUGUGUGACUAUAGGCGCAAGUGUAACACGUUUUAUUGUGUGCUGCUGUAUUUAAAUAUUUGUUUUCAUCAGGACAAGGACGGCGAAGGAUAGUAGCGAUAUGUCCUACAAAAAAAACAUGAAAAGAAGGCCACAUUUGAAGGAAUCUUUGAAUUGUUGCUCUUUAACGUCGCUUUAAAAUGCAGCCUCUGAGUUGGGACACGGCUUCACACGCGUAGGAGUGUAACGCUACUAAGACGUCUGUGCUAAUUUAAGCUAACAAAUGAACUUUUUUUUUUUUCCAACGGUGUUUUAAGUGCCUUACAAGUAAUUGAACAGAAGAGGAGCCAAACUACGUAUCCAGCAUGUAGGCCUUAGCGUAACUCGUUAGCAUUAGCGUGUUGCUAACUUGUCAAGUAACCUUCCACUCCUAGCGUGUGUUUACACUACAUUUUUUGUCUUAAAGUGUUAUUUUCUCUUUGUCUUGCAUCAAGAAUUCUAAUAUUGUGUGGUAGAAACACAAGGGAGAUGAGGUUGUAUUUUACUUUGAUUUCUAGCUUGGUAUUUAAGUUAAGUUCAUAUAUGUUAUACAUGUUUCGAGACUUCUGAAACAGUUGUGAUACCUAGCUUGCGGGUAAGUGUGGUAUUACUGUGUUUUAGUCAAUGACAAUAAUACGCAUACCGGGGUCACUUUUUGUUAUGCAAAAACCAUGUACCAGAUUGGGGGCAGGAAGGGCUGGGGACGCCCAUCGGCCCCCUCAUCGUCAUCAUUGUCUGCCCCUCUAAUGGAGCCUCCCAGUCCCCCCACCCUGCCUGCCCCUAGACCCCUUUUCUCGGGGGUUACAUGACGUAUGAAUGGGACGCGGCGCCAAUUUUUUUGCAUAUUGUCAUGAAUAUUAAACAACACUGUUGGAGGUUCCAGACUACUACAAUUUCUGGGAGCAAGUGAAAAAUAAAAAGAAGAGGGGGAAAAAAAAGAUCCGAUGGAAGGAAA